GGCGGAUUUAUUAUCGGAUAUCCACAAACGAGGAUAAAAAGGUCGUCCUUUAGUUGAAGUUUCCUCCUUUAGCCUCAUUUGAGAGUCGAAGAUUUUCCGGCAGAAAAUGGAAACAAAUAAUGAAACCAACAACCCAUCUCAGAUUAAGAGCUUUCUCAAGAAGUCGAUCAACAUUGUUGACUUCAACAAAAAAAGGAAAUUAGAGGCUGAACAAUUGGGCUUGCCUUUAUCGAAGCAUCAAUGUUGGAAGCAAAGCUUAUCUUUGAAGCCUCCUACGUUUGGCAGUAUUACACAAGUAGAGGGAUUCACUCCAUGCACUUUCCAAGGAAAGACAUGGGCUGUUUGUGAUGUACUGGAAACUGGAUCGGCAAAAGAUAGUAAUAGCUUUGGCGAUGAUUCGGAUACUGCAAUAUCUGUGCAUGAUAACAGAGCUUCCUCCUCAUCAUCACCCAAUUGGGGAUCCAGCUCCCAACAUUCCCAUUCUGAUGGUAGAACUGUAGCAUCAAGCAGUGUCGAAAAAGAAGUAGUAUCUUCUCCUGGUGAUGAGCCUGAACCUGCUGAUGCUGAGCUAGCUGAGAAUCUAGAUGAGUCCCUUGUAGAAUAUGGAAGUGACAUAGAUUACAUCUACUCCCGAUAUGGAAACUAUACCAUAGAGCAACACCAAGACAAGGAAAUUGAAGAAAUCCUCAACUGUGAUGGGGCAAAUCCAAAUGUUUAUAUUCUUUCAUCCGGGCGAUGGAGUGUCAACCAAGAGGCUCAACAAACCAAAAGGAAACCGACCAUUGAUCAAGAAUUCGAGCAGUACUUUUCGAUGCUUAUGCUAUAGAGGAGGGAGUACUUAAAUCCAAACAUGUAGUUCAUGCAUUGUGUAAGUGGCUUGACAUUAAAGUCAAAAUGUAAAAAUUAGCUUCUUUUUGGGAUUGUCUUGAGGUAACUCUAACUUUGUCUUUUCCCUUUCUAUCUUCAAGUCAACUUAAGUUUGAUUGUAUAUAUAUUUGAUAGUGUAAUAAAAAUGUGGUAUCAUGCAGCUAUUUUUGUUGCUCUUAUUUCAUAA